GCUUUUCCGCGCGUCGGAGGAGGAAAAAAUCGUCGUCGCGUCGCCGCGCUUCGUUGGUGUGCGUGUGUUUUCGUGGUUUCACUUUGCGCGACUGUUCGUACGUCGUCGUCGUCGCAGCUGUCAGUUCGUGGCCAGAUUUUCUUAUUGGAUUUUUGGAUUUCGAGCGCAGAGGAGGAGAAUAUUUCGACCAGAGCAACACGAGAAAAAUGUGCUUUUCUUAAUUGGGGCAAUUUUUGUUAAAGAAAAGUCGUUUUUCGCCGUUUGAAGUUAAAGUUCUCGGCGAAAAGUGGAAGCCCAAAGUGCAACCAACGUCCGGAAGAUGAAAUUCAGUGCAAAAGUGAGCGGCUCCAGUUGAAAUCAGAAAUAAAACGUCGAACCGCAAGAGGAAGAGAAGAAAAAAUCCGUCGCAGUAGGCCUGGGGCCAACAACAACACCACCGCACUCCAUGGCAACUACGUCAGCAGCUGGCGAAGACGGCAUGAGUGCUGCGAUCCGUGUCAAACUGGAAGCUGAAGGAGCCUCAACGGCGGCCGCCUCUGAGGAGGAACCCGAAGGAACCAGUUCCGAACGGGUUGUCCGCAAGGUGACCGUGCUGGAUCCGCUGAAGUUGAAACUGCUCGCCCGACAGGACCAGAAUCGGCUGCUCACCGGACUGCGCACAGAACAAGCAAAUGCCAAGCCUCCUGCUUCUACUCCAGCUCCAACGGCGGCGGCGACUCCCGCAGAACCACCAGCAACAACAACACCUGCUGACGAACCAGCAUCACAACCACCAAGUGACGACGCCCCGGCGGAACCACCAAAGGUGACGGCCCCAGCCAAACCAGCCGGGACGCUCUUCCGCCGAAAGAAGGUGGUCCCGGUGGCUGUGGCCAAACAGAUUUCCAAGCGGGAAAAAGCGGCGCCACCGAAGGUGGUGCCCAAGCCUGAACCGGUUCCCACGCCUGAACCGGAAGUGGUUAAACCACCCGAAACGGUGCAGCCAGCGGAAGAGAUUGUUGAGGAGACAAGCAAGACGCCGGAAGUUGUUGAAGAGCCACCACCGGAAGUGGUUUCGGAGGAACCGGCGCCGCCGGUUAAAGCGGAGGCUCGUGAGCUCGAGCGGCCAACGUCCUUCCGGCGGAUUAAGCCGAAGGUGUCGAUAAACAUCGCCAAGACGCGACCGCGCAAGUCGAUCCUCAAGAAACCCAACUCGGGCACGGAAUCGGAAGGGGGUGGGAGUAACGAGCCGAGCAAAUCUUUGGAACCGGAAGAGACCAUCGUGCUGGAUGACGACGAUGAAGAGGAGAAUAAGGCAGCCAAGGAGCGGCAAGCCUUGGAGGAGAGUCGGAAGGCGAUUGAAGCGGAGGAACGGCGGUUGAUCGAGGAAGAGAUGCGAAAAAUCCAGGAAAGAGAUGAGCGAAUACGGCGCGAGGAUGCGGAGAACGAGCGACGGAUAGCGGAAGAAAGGAGAGUGGAGGAAGAGCGCAAAAGGAUAGAAGUGGAAAGGCGAAUGGAGGAACAGAGGAGGAUAGCAGAAGAACAACGAAUAUCUGAGCAGAAGGCGGAAGAAAGCAGGGUAGAAGAGAACAAAAGCAUACCGAACAGGAAGAGUGUAAAGAUUCCACCGGAUUUGUGGAAGUCUCAGCUGAUGAAGAUGAAAACGAACCCGUUCCGGAUGCACAGCGUGCCCGACAAGAAGACCUUACAGGAAGAGCCACCCAAGGAAGCACCCGUUACUGUUGAAAGUGCCACUUUGGAGGAGUCCCAGCCACCUUGCCAGGAAGUUGUUAAUGUUGUUAAACCUGAAGAAGUGCCGGGCAGUUUGGUUCCGCCUCCUGCUCCCGUACCCAGCAGUGCAACGAAGGAAAUCCGACGAAUAUCCCGGCUACCGCCUAGCGUUGCCAUGAAGCUGAUGAACUGUGUAGCGGCCGGAAAGGUCGUCAAGCCAAAGGAGCAGAUUGUGGAACCUGCCGCGCCGGAACAGCCCACUCCGGAACCGACAAAAACGAUUCGUCGGAUAUCGAAAUUACCGCCGGAGUUGGCGCGAAAGUUGGUGCAAAGUGUCGAGAAGAAGGCGGAAGUUGUGAAGGAAGUCAAGCCGGAAGUAGUCGCGGAACCGAAGCCGGAAGCCCCAAACAAGGAGAUUCGACGGAUAUCGAAGCUACCGCCGGAGUUGGGGCGCAAGCUGGUGCAGAGUAUUGAGAAGAAACCGGAAGUUGCGACACCGGAAGUUGCUGCUGAACCGAAGCCGGAAGCACCAGCGAAGGAAGUUCGACGAAUAGCACGGCUACCGGCGGCCGUCGCGAUGCAAUUGCUCAAAAGUGUCGGAUCGGUUAAGAAGGAGCCGGUUGUGACGGAAGUACCGAAAGAAGACGUCAAACCGGAAGUGAAACCCGUGAAGGAGAUUCGUCGAAUAUCGCAACUUCCUCCGGACGUUGCCCGCAAGCUGAUGAACUCGCUAAAGCAGAAGCAACCUCUCAAACCGGUCCCGCUACCGAUCCCGGAAGUUAAGGUCGAACCGGAACCGGAUGUUCCGACGUUGACCGCUACGCAGAAGCCAAAAAGUAAGGUUCACAUCUUGUCGCAGGUCAUUCUUCCCACGUCGACGUCGUACAAUCUGGAGGAGCUGCUGGCGGGCAAAUCAGCCGAAUCGGCUCCGGCCGGUGGCCAGAUGCCACUUCCGCUUCCGAUGCCGAGGGUGCGCAAACCGGUUGAGGAGUUGGACACGUCGCGGUCGACCGUGGAUUUGAACCAAUCGGCGGGUUCGAGUCAGACGGAGGAGGUUAUUGCUCCGGAAGCGGGCGAACGGAUGCCACUUCCGGUGCAGCUGAAGGAGGAGGAAGAUACGGGGGAGACUACCGAGGAAGCGGUGGAAGGACAUUUCGCGGAUGAUGAUCACGAUGACGAGGGGGAAGAAGAUGUUCCAGAGUCGGCGGAUUUGCCCAGUGUUGCAUGUGAAGAGAUUAUCGAGGAGACGAUUGUUCAGGAAGAGGUCGUUGAAGAACGUGCUCCAGUUGUUGUUCCAGUAGUUAGCCAAAUAGCCCAAGUUCCUAUCAGUACUCAGCCGGUUCAGUACAGCUACAAUGCGAGACCGAUGCCGCAGCCGGUGCUGUCCGUGCCCAGAUCUCAACCGCAGAUCACGUACUUCCAGCAUGUGCCAAAUCUUCAGCAGCAGCUGCAGCAGCUACCUCCGGGAUCUUCGAUUGUCUACGCCAACAGCGAGCAGGUCUCGCUUCCUUCGCGACCUCAUUUGAGCGUGCAACGAUUGGUCCUCAACCCGGCAAGCAUACGAUCGCAACCGCCGCUGCCUCAUCCCGUUCGUCCCGGUUACGGUCCGGCCCAGUUCGUACUAAUUCGGAACCCUCAACAAGCUCCACGAGUUCGACAACCUCUGCCACCUCAGCAACACCUGCUUGUCCCAAGACCAACGUACUACCAACACCCCACAACAUCAACCGCGCCUCCUAGUCAACAACGCUUCAAUCAGAUACUGGUGCCAACUCCACGCUUCAUGGUCUCUUCCGUCCCACCUGGGCAACCUCCAAUCCAGCCGCAGCAACAUCACCAUCAACGACCAACCGUCAACUACGUUAUCCCAUCGCUUUCCCCCCAGAAGAGGGCCUUCCAACCGGUUGAACCGCAAGCGCCUCCGCCAAUCAUCCCCAAGAUCGUCAUCGAACCUCCACCACCCUCGCACACCCCGGACUCGCCCAAAGACCUCAAGAAUUUCUCACCCUGCUCGCAGGCCGUCAAGGACAAACUUCGCGAAAAGUUGAAAGCCAAGAUGAGCAAGGCCUUCGAGCCGCCUCCGCAACCCGCGCUCCCCCCGGAACGCCCCACCGACCGCAUGCACUUUGUCCCGAUCGUCAAACCGCCCCCUCUGCCCCAGCAACGACCGCUCAUCACCCAGAUUCGCCCGAUCAAGCAGUACAACGCCGGCCCCGGUCGCAAGAUCUACCUGACCAAGUUUUGCGUCGUCAAGCCGGAACAGCAAGCGCUGGUCCCACCUCCGAUCACCAUUCCACCCCCUCCACCGCCACCUACCACACCAAAAAUGUCCUACGUAGUCCAAACCGCUCCGCGACCACCGCUCCGAACCAAAUCCAUCGACGUCUUUCACGGCUUCCCGUCGGCCUCGAUCAAGAGCGAACGGCGCGAGUUUGAGCGCUUCCGCGAGAACCUGGACAAGGUUGUGACGGCGGUGUCCACGGCGGGCCCGAACGGCGACGAAAUGUACAUCAUCACCGAGCUGGACGAACCCGCGGUGAAGGAGGAACCGGUUGUGGCGGCACCGCCAAGGAUUACCGUCCGGAGGAAGACGUUCGUCGUUGAGGAUUCCGACUGUGAGGGGCGGGCGCAACUGCUGCCGCGCGUUGAUGAGGAGGACGCGAGCGAGGAGGAGAAGAAGGUUCAGGUCAAGGUGGAGAAGGUGGAGCCGGUGGCGAUGGUCAAACAGGAGUCGGAGGAGGAGGAGGAGGGGGAGUCCUCGGACGCGGACGAGGAUCUGGCGCGGCAAAUUCUGUCGAUUGUGGAGCGCGAGCGGGAUCAGCUGAGGAUCGAUUCGUCGCCGCCGGCGAAGGUCAAGCGGUUACGGAAGCGCAAGAAGAGAAGAAAACGGGUUGUUAAGAGGAAGAGGGACGACGACGACAGCAAGGACAUGGUGAUGGAACUCCUGAUGAAGCAUGUCAACCAGGAGGCGUUGAUCGCGGACAUUGUGGCGGCGCAGCGGAAGGAGUUGCCGGUUAUCGAGCUGUCGGAAGAGGACGAAGUUCGGGAGGAGAAACCGGUGGUGAGGAUCGACAGCGAGUCGGAAGUUGUGGUGAGCGAUGAAGAGGACUCUGGGAGUGAUAUUUUCGCGAAGAUUUUGGAACCGUUUACCAGUGAGGAGAAGGCGGAGGAAGUGGAGGAAGUUGCGGCAGAGAUUUCAGGGGUUGAACCCCUCGCGGAAAAGUCGGCAAUCGAGACAAUCGACGAACGCACUGAUAUUAGCUUUAAGCCCAGUAACGAGAGGAAGGAGGAGGAGAAAAUCUGUGAUACCAUUAGUAGUGCCUUGCCGGAAGUGGCAGCAUCAGCAACGCCGCAAGCUCAAAGAGCACCCAAACGUAAGCUAAAACCAACGCUGGUCAAUCGGCAGCGACAGCAGCUACCUCAGCCGAAGAUCCAGAAGACGGUGACGAUCGGACGCGUCACGACACUCAGUACGCUCAAAGCGACCUCCGAUGAGGAGGAGGAGGUUGAAGAUCGGGCGGCAACGCCGGCAUCAACGUCCACGUUUGGCGCGGACAACGACUCGAGCGAUCCGUUUUCGGACCGGGAAGAAGCGGUUGAGGCGAAGAUCUGCGCCAAGAUUGUGGUAGAGAGCGGUGGAGAGACGAGAUCAACGCCGGUACCUGCUGCGCAGGUUGUUCCGGAGGUUCCCGUUGAUUCUGAACCCGUCGCAGCACCUCAAGAGAUCCUGCAAGACCCGAAGGAAAUUCUUCGUCAAAUUGCCGAAGAUUGGGACCUCGAAGAAACGCCCGAAGAAGCCAAGAAAAUCGCCGAGCCUGAAAAAGCGGAAGAACCCACGAAAGUCAUCGAACCCGAGAAGCCUCCAGAACCGCUGGUCGCACCACCAAAACCCCCAUCGAUGGAAGCUCCAGCUGCGCUGGGCAGUUCGCGUCCCAAGGCGAUCCCGAAGCGACGCAUGUCGGUGAGGAUAGCCGGCCAGCAGCGACCGCAGCGAACUCCCGAACGGGACUCCACACCGAGUGUGGCGAGUUUGCUCCGCGAUUGGGAGGUUACACCGGAGAAGAUGAAGGCGCCUCCCGUUCAAGAUCUGCUCAAAGAGUGGGAAGAUUCGCCCGUGAGGAACGUGGGUGCGAGCCCGGAGAAGGUUCGGGAGAAGUCUCCGGUCAGGAUCGUGACUUCACCGGUCAAGAGUUUGCUGAAAGAGUGGGAGGAAACGCCGCAGAAAGUUGCUGAAGAGGUUGUAGCCUCACCUGAAAAGUCUUCAGUGGGGGAUUCCGAACCACCAGUUUUGAACGUGACGUUGGCGGAGAAGAGUCCGGAGAAGGUGCAUGAAGUUCAGCGGGAGAAGACCCCAGUUAGAAGCGUGACUCCACCGGUUGAGAGUUUGUCGAAAGACUCCGAAUUGCAGAAAGCAGUUGAGCUUGUUAGUUUGCCCGUACAGAACGUGACUUCGCCCGCUAAAAACGUGACUUCGACGGUGAAGAGCCCGCUGAAGAGUCCACCGAUGCCGCAUGUCCUGCUCGAGAAACUCGACAUCUCUCAGUACAAAAGUCCGGAGAAACCAAAGAAAGCGCCAGCUAUUGAACCACGAAUCCUGUUGGAGAAGCUCGACCCGGCUGAGUACAUCUGUCCGAAGAAACCUGUUGAAAGUUCUGAACUCGUAAAACCAUCUGCCGAACCGGUUGAUCAAGAACCUCCCAAACAGCCCGAACCUGAAGUGGUUCUUGAAGAACCACCAAAGCAAAUCGAGCCCGAGUUCGUUCCCGAAGAACCUCCUAAACCAAUCGAGUCCCAACCGGAGCUUGCUCCGCAGGAACCCGCCAAGCAGCUUGAACCAGACGUCCUGCCGGACGACCCUCCCGACCCAAGCCCGGCGCCGUCCCGUUCGGUAACCCCGUCGGACGCUCGCCCAGCUAGCCGCAGUCUGCGCUCGAGUUGCUCGCGACUCAGCGUUUCGCGCGAAAGUUUACCCCUCUCGGUGGAGCGGGAGUCCGCGCGUAGUCUACGCCGGAUGACGCGGUUGAGCGUUUCGCGGGAAAGUCUCCCGCAGGCGGAGAAGGAACCCCCCAGCAAGGUGAAGGUCUCCAAGCAGGCGAGCAUUAAGAACUGGUUACAGGGCACGACGAGGGAUCCGCCUCCGGCGGCGCCGCCGCCAACAGCUACGACGAGGACGCUGCGAAGUCGCGUCAACUCGGUGGUGGACGUUGAACCGGCGAAAAAGAAGCCGCGAGGUCGCCCCAAAGUGGUCAAACCGGCUGAGGUCGAGCCACCCAAGGAAGUGGAAGUCGUGGCGGAGGAGUCUGGAGGAGCAGAUCGUCGCCGUGAGGACGCGGAGAAAGAAGCAGGAGCGGACGCUGGCGCGCUUGAACAAGAACCGAAAAGUGUAGAACCAUCACCACAACCGCAACCAAAACCAAAACCACCCUCCCCGACCAUUUCCAACCGUGUGCCGAUUCCGAUUUCGUCGGACUCGGACGACGAAGACGCCCCACUGUCCAAGCGCCGCAAGGUUCUGCGCAAGCGACGUGCCACGACCCGGCGCACCGUUCGAGAUCUGAACGCGAACCGGCGGUUGUUCCGCAGUGCUAACGCUUCUUUAACCGAUUCUGCAGCAUCGAUGACGAACGACGAGGACGCCUUUCCGAUCAUCAAAAGUGAACCGCUCGAAAUCCCCCAGCAGGAUGCGGUCCCGUACGAAGCGUUUGACAGUUCAUCCGGCAGGCUGCUCUCAAUCGUCCACGUUCAAAACAACCAGAUCGUUCACGCGGAAGACUACCAGGAGCACGUGUUUGCCACGCCGGAACCCCCAGCUCGCGGCGAGAAGCGGAAACGUCGCACCAAGGCGCAAAUCGAAGCCGAAAAGCAGGCCAAAUCCAAGCGGGACCCAGACCCACUCCCGCUCGAUCCCAGCGCCGCACCAAACUUUAGCUGUGCCAACUGCGGCGAAACGAUCCCAAGAGACAGCUGGCAGGACCACUACGUUCAUCACAACGGGCUCACCUAUCGCGUCGGAAUCGACCCCGAGCUCAACCUGACGGAAGAAGCCACAGCCGUGCAGAUCGUCACGCGCUACAUGAAGCAGCACCGCCAGCUGCAGGUCAUCUGCGAGAAAUGUGGCGUCAGUAAAAAGUCCGCCCUUGGGCUCGUGUCCCAUCGGGUGGUUUGUGGUCUCACGCCCGAGCAGAUCGAAGCCAGUAAGGUGGCGUGUGAGAACUGUGGGAGGAAAAUGAUGCCCGUCAGCAUGACGAGCCACCUGAACGGGCACUGUUCGGUGCUGAAGCGGAUCAAGCAGGAGCGCCACCUGGAGGAGGUGCAGAGAGAGCGGCGCGAGCAGGACGAGGAGGACGCCGCGGACGGACAGCAGUCCGACCGGGUCAACCAGCUGGGAAGGGUGAAGCGGAGGGCGACCAAGAGGGCCGAAACCAAGAUCAAAACCAUGUCCUGCGAGGAUCUCAUCCUCACGGUCACCAAGUCGAUCUGCACGGACGGCUGCCUAGGUGCUUGGAAGACCCAGCUGCGCAAAGCCAACACGGCGCGGUGCGUGUUCCCCUCGUGCGACUUUACCGGCAGCAGCGAGGCGGAGAUGCGCCACCACCACGAGUUCUGCCCGCUGCCGUGCGAGCUGUACGAGUGCCGCAACUGUCGGUACCAAGCGGCCAAGAUUGACCCGCUGGUGAAGCACAUUACGGCGAAGCACAUGGACGCGGUGCGGGUCAACAUGGCUACGGCGACUUACGAAAGUAGUGGGAGUGAGGCGAAGGUUGGGACGACGGAAUCGUCGGACGACGAGGGGACUUCGGGGGUGGAUGAGAACGAGUUUCCGGACGGGACGGCGAGCAGCGGGAUGGAUGAUGAGGAGUUGAGGGGAGGUGGGAAGAAGAAGGGAAAGGGGCGGAAGCGAUCGGCGAUUGGGGCGUUGCUGAGCAGUCGGAUUGCGAACCAUAGCCGGGGAGUUGGGUACGGUGGGCGGGAGCAGUUUAGCGAGGAGUGCGAGGUCUAUCGGGAGAUGGUUCUGGACGAGGUCAUCGAGGUGCGUUCGUCGAAGAAGGAGUUCCAGUACGUGUCUAGGGAGUGGACGGUCAAAUUUCGGCAGCGGUUCUACGCUAAGGCCAUGCUGUACGGAGAUUUUCGCCCGGACGUUGACGCCCAGUUUCUCACCUUCAACCAGGUGCAGGACUACAUUCCAAGUGCCGCUCAAUCGCUGAGGUUUACGAUGCGCGCCACGAAUCUGUACAACGCGCCGAUUCAUGUGCCCGAUUACGCGCACAAGUGGCGCACGCUGGACACUUUUGGCGCCGACGUCAGCGGGCACGAGUCGUUGUUCUUCUGCGGUGGACCGAUUAUCGCGAUGGACUGGGUUCCGCUGCCGGAUCGGGCGGAGGAUCGCACGCACCAGAUACUGGCCGUGGUUUGCAAGAGUUCGCACGAGGAGUUUUACCUGGCGGAGCAGAUGCCGCCGCAGCCGUGUCUGAUUCAGAUUUGGGACGUGGGCGUGCUGAGCAAUGCGACAUUGCACAAAAAGGUCGAAAACUCACCUCCAACGCUGCAGUACGCGAUCGCCUGUGACUUUGGUCCCAUUUGGUCGCUCAAGUUCUGCCCCAGCGGAUGCUCCAACACGACCUCCUCCGGUGAUCAGUUCGAUCGGCUGGGUCUGCUCGCCGCAACCGGUUCCAACGGCGACGUGUACAUCUUCUCGCUCGCUCCCAACUACAACCACCUCAUCACAAACUCGUACCGCAUCAUCAACCUCAAGCCGGUGCUCCGGUUGACGCUGGUCAUGACCCGCGAGGCGGGCUCACCCGAGUACGAAGGUCACGGCGCCGUGCGGUUGGCCUGGUCCAAGAGCAAACAUCACGCCACAAUCGCCGCCGGCUAUUCAAACGGUGCCGUUGCCGUGUGGAAUCUCAACACGAAAUCUCCGCUACUCACCGGCCAAAAAGACGCCACCACAACCCUUCUCCCCAUCCACCGAGUCUUCAUCCCGGACGCCUGCAUCACCGCCGUCGAUCUUCACUUCACCGACGACAGUCGCUUCAUGCUGGUGAGCAACGCCGACCGGAAGCUGGUCGUGUACGACCUCCAAACCGGCUAUCUCCCAACCGAGGUGGCCUCCCUCAACGCACGCAGCAAAGUGACGACCGCCUGCUGGAACACGCACUUCCCGGUCAUCGCGAUGGCCUUCGACGACGUCUACGCCAUGGAUCGGUGCGCGUUGACGUUCCACCAGACGCGCGAGAUCGGGCUGCGGCUGUGUCCGCUGUACACGUUCACUGCGGAAGCCACCGACAUGAGCGGCAGCGAUUGGCUCUCGAAUUACGUGAUCGGAACCGACGGUGGGGACGUGCUGUCGCACCAGCCGCAGCCGAUGGUUCAUCAAAUGGCGCAGAAGAACACGGCGCAGCAGAAAUAUAUCCUAACGUCGACCAUGUCCGUAAAGCUUACGGACGAACCAACCGACACCUCGUACAACAUGUUCGAGCGGAACUUUGGGCUGCUGUUUUCCGACAAUGAUAAGAGCUCCUCCAAGAUGGACCUCAAGUCGCUGCAGGUGAAGUCGUACCGGCGGGCGUUGCUGCAGGAAUAUCCGGGCAUCCGCGUGAACCAGGUCCGGUGGAACCCGAACGAGGGCGCGUACCAAUUUUACGCCGUUGGCUACCAGGCCGGCUUCGUACGAGUUCGCCCCUUCCGGGUCAAGUGAACAAGUGUGGCGGCGGCGGGCUUUUCGGUGUAAAUUAACGAGACUGAUUUAGUUUAGCACAGUUUUUGAAGGGAGCGCGUGCGAGAUUGUUUUUAAUCGAGGAUUAUUAUUUUAAAAUGUGUACUAUUUACUUUAGCUUUUGAGUUGCAUUCGCAGUAGAUAUUUAUCGUUUGGUUGAA